UUAAAGCCAAUUAACACCAACUCACUCCCCAAUAAUUAUAUUCUACAUCUCCUGCUAUACUUCUCGGCAAUCAUGUCCCUUUCACUCUCUUAUCUUCUUCUUCUUCUUCUUCUUCUUCAUCGGUCUCUCUGAAACUCCUCCGAUCCAUCCAAACCAAACAUGGCGGGAUCCUCAGGCGGCGGCUGCUGCCAAUGCUGCAUCAGCUUCAUCUUCACCGUCGGCCUCACCGCCCUCUUCAUGUGGCUCAGCCUACGUACCUCCAAUCCCAGCUGCUCCAUCAAGUACUUCUACCUCCCUGCCCUCAACAAAACCCUAAACGACACCGGAAACAGAACCCUUUACGUCUCCCUCGCGUUAAACAACGGCAACAAAGACAAGGGGAUCUACUACGACACCAUCAACCUCACCUUCAGCCUCCCCAACAGCAACACCACCAAGCCAGUAGUAGGCAACGCAAAUGUCACCAAGUUCUACCAGGGCCACAAGAAGAAGGCCACCAAGAAGGUGGAGUUGGGGUCCGACAAGCUCAACUGGACGGCGGUUUCCGGGUCGGUUUAUGCCAACGGGUCGAGUCAUUUCCGGGUGGAUUUGGUGACGGCGGUGAGGUUUAAGAUCAUAUUCUGGAGGACCAAGAGGCAUAGGUUGAUGGUUGGGGCGGAUGUGGAGGUCAACGCUUCAGGUACCAAAGUCAACAAGAAGGAUAUUAAGCUUUCUGCUGCAGAUCAUCAGCUUGCUGCUUAUUCUGGCCAGCUCUGGGUUUUGCUCAAUUUCUUGGUUUUCAUUUUGCUCAAUCCUUGGUGUAUUUUUUUUUUGGGUAAAAUUCGAUGUAUCUCUCUGGUUUUAGUUUAGGAAGACAUUGUUGCUAAUUGUUUGUAGGCAGCAGAUUAAUUUCCAAGCGAAAAUAACAGAUUUGUGAAAUGGGAAUUUCAACUGUAGAGGGCAAAGUAUUUGUUUUUUUUUUUUUUUCCUUUUCUUGUUUUGUUGGUAUUAUUGCAUCAGUUUUGCAUACUUUAAAAAAAUUAUUCACAUUCAUGUGUGUGAUUUUUGUGCAGUUGAUCGUUGAGAACUUGAGAUGUUUGGUUUAGAGCUUAAUACUCUGUAAUGUUUGGUAUUAAUUAAGCUUUUAACCUUUAGCUAGCCCAUCACCAAGAAAACAAGAUUUAAACCAAACCAAUUAAGCCCCACUGAAACAAAGAUGAUAUUUUCUUAGUUUCGAUCUUGAUUUGAUUAUUUCAAGGAAAACGACCAUUUCAGCUACUUAUAUAUACUGUGAUUGAUCAAUAUCUCAAAUAACGUUUGAUCAUGAACACAAAUGGAUGUUGCGGAAGAGCUGAUAUCUCUCCUAAUCCUCUAUUUAU